GUCCCACGAUCAUUUGAAACAGGAAAAAGGACAAGUGGUGCUUCCCCAGGGUCCUUCCCUUUUCAGGGGCCAAACGGAGGCUGCUCCUCAGCUGCGUGCAGAGGUGGUGGGAGGUGGACGCAGGGAGUGUAAGGCAGGCCUGGUGUCCUGACCCUGUCCUCUUUCUGUCCCCUCAGCUCAAUCUUCACAUUCCUCCGCAGUCUCCCAAGAGCUGCAGAAAAUGAGCAUGUUUGAGAUGUCGGUGUCAUUUGAGGACGUGACUGUGGCGUUCACCCAGGAGGAGUGGCGGCACAUGAGCCCCGCUCAGAGGACCCUGUACCGAGACGUGAUGCUGGAGAACUACCGCCACCUCGUCUCAGUGGGGCAUUGUUUGACAAAACCGUACGUAAUCUUCAAGUUGGAACGAGGAGAAGAUCCACUGUUACUAGAGGAAGAGAUUCUAAAGAAGAGCCUUGCAGACUGCCAACUUGAUAACCUCUUAGAGAGAAGCCUGGCGAUUCAAGGGAAAAAUUUGCGGCAAGACUUUUUUACUCAACUGCAGGCUACAGACAGAGGUGAGGAAACGUUCAGCCACAAGUCACACUGCAGAGAGCAUCAGAGCGCUCGCACAGAAACAGAGGCCUUUGAAACUGGAAAUAAGAACUUACGUCCUAACGCAGCCCUCACUGUAUCUCAGAGACUCGACACAGUUGGGAACUUCAGUCAUCAUACCGUAAGGAGGCAAAACUUGCGCUCUCAGACUGCCUUCAGUGCGCAGCAGAGAACUGGAGUCAGGGCGAAACCCUAUGGGUGUACAGAGUGUGGGAAAUCCUUCCUUAGCAAAGCACACCUCAUUGUACAUCAGCGAAUUCAUACUGGAGAGAGACCUUAUGUGUGUAAUGAAUGUGGUAGAGCUUUUAACCAAAUGUCAUACUUCAGGGAGCAUCAGAGACUUCACUCAGGGGAGAGGCCCUAUGAGUGUAAUGAGUGUGGAAAAUCUUUCUCUAGGAAGUCAUACUUCACUCUGCAUCAGAGAAAUCACACAGGGGAGAAACCCAGUCAGUGUACUGAAUGUGGGAAAACUUUUAGGCAGAAUUCAGUCCCUAAAAGACAUCAGAGAACUCACACAGGGGAGAGGCCCUAUGAGUGUAAUGAGUGUGGAAAAUCUUUCUCUAGGAAGUCACACCUCACUCUGCAUCAGAGAAAUCACACAGGGGAGAGACCCAGUCAGUGUAUUGAAUGUGGGAAAACGUUUAGGCAGAAUUCAGUCCCUAAAAGACAUCAGAGAAUUCACACUGGGGAGAGACCUUUUGAGUGUAAUGAGUGUGGAAAAUCUUUCUCUAGGAAGUCACACCUCAUUGGGCAUCAGAGAGUUCAGACUGGGAACAGUCCCUGUAAGGGUAAUCGCUACAGAAAGCGUAGGACAUCCUUCUACACAAACUGUGACCUCACUGUUCAUCAGAUAAGAAACGGAGGGGAGAAACUCUGUGACUGCAUUGAAUGCGGGAAAGCUUUUAGCCAUAAUUCAACCCUACAUAAACAUCAGAUAAUUCACACAGGACAGAAACCCAAUGAGUGUAACAAAUGCGAAAGAUCCUUUUAUACAAAGUCUUGCCUUGCUGAGCAUCAGAGAAUUCACGCAGGAGAGAACCCUUAUGAGGGUAAUAAAUGUGGAAGAUCCUCCUGUAUAAAGUCUUACCUCACUCUGCAUCAGAGAACUCACACUGGGAAGAGACUCUAUGAGUGUAAUAAAUGCGGAAAGUCCUUUGAUGUGAAGUCGCACCUCACUCUGCAUCAGAGAAGUCACACAGGGGAGAAACCCAGUCAGUGUAUUGAGUGUGGGAAAACGUUUAGCCAGAAUUCAGUCCUUAGAAGCCAUCAGAGACUACACACUGGGGAGAAACCCUAUGAGUGUAAUGAUUGUGGAAAAUCUCUCUCUAGGAAGUCACACCUUGUGCAUCAGAGAGUUCAGACUGGGAACAAUGCCUGUAAGGGUAAUCUCUACGAAAAAUGUAGGAAAUCCUUCUAUACAAAUUGUGACCUCACUGUUCAUCAGAGAAGAAACGGAGGGGAGAAACUCUAUCAGUGCUUUGAAUGCGGGAAAGCUUUUAGCUGGAAGUCACUCCUGAAAAGACAUGAGAGGAUUCACACAGGGGAGAAACCCUGUGAAUGUAUUGAAUGUGGGAAAGCUUUUCGCUGGAUGUCAUCCCUACAAAGACAUCAGAGGUUUCACACUGGAAUGAAGCCCUAUGAGUGUAACAAAUGUGGAACGUCCUUCUAUACAAAGCAUGAGCUCACUGUGCAUCAGAGACUUCACACAGGAGAGAGCGUCUAUGAAUGUGAUGAAUGUGGAAAAUCUGUCUGUAGUAAGUCAUACCUCAUUGUGCAUCAGAGAAUCCACACGGGGGAGAAACCCUAUGAAUGUAUUGAAUGUGGGAAAGCUUUUAGCCAUAAUUCAACCCUAAAAAAACAUCAGAGAAUUCACACAGGACAGAAGCCCUACGAGUGUAAUAGAUGUGGGCGAUCCUUCUGUAGGAAGUCUGACCUUACUGCGCAUCAGAGAACUCACACAGGGGAGAGACCCUAUGAGUGUGAUGGAUGUGGGAAAUCCUUCUACAGAAACUCCCACCUCACUGCAUCAGAGAACGCACAGAAGGAACCCUGUGGAUGUAUUGAAUGUGAGACAGUGAGCCUUUAGCCAGAAGAAGCCAGACCUCGAAGGGGUUCACCCUGAAGAGAAACCCUACGUACGUGAUGAACGUGGGAAAGUUUUCACCUACAAACUGAACCUUUUUGCACAUUAGACCGGAAACCCCUGUGAAUGUAAUGGGUCUGGGGAAACUGACUGGAAGUGAAGCAUCAGAGAACUCAGGGAAAACCCAGUAACUAUAAUGGAAAACUUCUCUGCGAGAAAUCAAACAUCAGUGAGCAAAACUCACAGACAUCCUUCGUGUUCAUUGUGUGUGGCUAGUCUUGCAACCAGAUUUCAGCCCUCAUUGGACAUGAAAGGACUCACCCAGGACAUACAUCCUUUAAAUCAGUCGCUUAUGAACGAUCUUUCAGCCAGACCUCGCUGGGUGCUAGAAAAAUUUACACACACACAAAUCCUGUGAUGAUAAGGGUGUUGGAAACUUUUCUACUGCAAGGCAGCCUUCAAUUUAGUUGUACUGGAAUCCAGCGUAAGUGUAGUAGGAAUUAAGUACUUUCUACUCAAAAACUAUCAUUACGCAACACUUCAGAGGAUACGUUUGGAUAGUUAAAUUACCCUAUGUUCCUAUCAGCUCUUAUUAUCAUCUCCAGUUUAUAUAAGAAAGACCGUUGUGCCUGAAUUGCCUCUUUAGGCAAGAAAGCAGUGUUUUCUGUAAGACUUAUCAUCUCAGGGUCAGCAGUGAAUUUAGGAUAAACACUGUAUUUUGUGUGUAAAGGUCACAUACACAAUUGGUUGGAGAACAAAUCUCAUUCAGUUGGAGAGCUGCUGUGAACAGUGGUACUUAACUAUUUGUAAACAGAAAAGGAAGUUAUAUUUUCAUUUUCCUGUAGGGCAAAAAUAUUUCAAAAUUAUCUGAGACUUUGACAUACAUGUUAUUAGGAGCGUGUUCAGUCCAGAUAUUUUGCGAUUUCUUGCUAUCUUUAAUUAAUAAUCUAACUUCAUUCUCUUGUUGUCUGAGAAAAUGCUUUAUAUGAUUUCCACUCUAAAAUUUGUUAAGUCGUGCUUUCCGACAUGCAAGUGUUGUCUUGCUCCAUUAAAUUUCCAUCUGAGCUUGAAAAUGUGUAUUGUGCUGUGGCAGAAUCGUCUAUAAAUGCUGAUUAGAUGCCAUUGGUCAGUGGUGCUGCUCAGUUCACCUCUGUUCUUGUUUUGACUGAUGAAUCCAUCGAGUCCAAGUGGAAGUUUGUUCAAAUCUCGAACUAUAAUUGUUACCAGUUCUUUCCUCACCUGUUUUUGAUGGUCUGUUUUUAGACACAGACUGGUAAGGACUGUUACAUCGUCUUGAGUCUGCCCCUUUGUCGUUGUGUAAUGCUGCUCUUUGUUCCUGAUCACUUUUCUUUUCUUAAAGCCAGCUUUGUCUGAAAGUAAUAAAGUUACUCUGGUUUUUUUUGGUUUGU